AUCUGAACUGAAACAAUUGAAAAAUGACAUGAAAAGAACGUGAUCCAGUUUAUGGUUCAGGCCGAUUUCUUGUUAAAACAUCAGAUUCGCUUGUAAAUCGAGUUGUAUAAAAUUGUCUUUAUGUUGCGCAAUUGAUUUCAAAAAUGAGUUUUUUUUUCAAAAUUACGUAAUUUGUUAGAUUCUAUUUUCAGUUUUCAAUUUUUUAGUAUAUAUAUAUAUAUUUUACAAUUUUGGAAGACAGACCUAGCAAAAUUUUACACGCAUCAAUUUUAGAAAAUGUCUUUCUACAUGAUCAAUCUUCAUUAAAUCUUGGAUUGUUUAAAUGGUGAACAACAUACCGGGUCCCGCUUCUCCUACUGGUGAUGUUUCCCCCAAAAGGACCGGCGGCGGCUUCCAGCUACUGGACACUGACUUCAUAAGAGAUACGUUCGGCUUCUCCAACCGGGGAGUGAUCAGUGACCGCCGGAACAACACCAAAGGUAUCCAGAUUGCGACGAACGUGGACUUGUCUCAAUGGUGCGAGGAGGAAUUUAUUCAUUUAGAGAUGCCUGAUGACUUGAUUGACAAACUGGCGCCCUACCUGGGCAAGCGGGGCCUUGAGGCCGCUCAGGCUCUGAAAGAAAUGCCAUUGGAGAUCACGUGGUUCGACGCAGAUCUUCUCUCUAAGGCGGUGAUGCGAUACUGGGCCAAGUACUAUGCUAAUAUAUACGACGAAUCUGUUAAGUCGAUCAAAGGGAGACAUCUUCUGAGUUGGGAGGAGUUGGAUGUCAGAGUCCGAACGAUUAUAUACGUGGUGUUGCAGCAGGUUCCCUCAGUGUCAACUGUGCCCAACUUCUGGAAUCAUUUAACACGCCAGCACUGGAAGCACGUGCAUUCUGAACUGAAGAUAAUGUACAAGCGAGACCUGCUUCGGAAAGGGGGCGAGAGCGAAUAUUUUAAUGAGUUCCUGAAACAGGAGAAUCUGUUGAAUGAGAAGACUGGAGGGCAGCACAAAAUGGUCACACUGCAGUUGCCAGACAUCAACUCUGGACUGAGUAGGUCCCUGGAUAACUUAAACAGCAGCACGAGUGGCUUCAAAGAAGAAUCAAGUGGAGGCCAUGGGGGCAGUGGCUUCUCAAUUAAAGACAACCACCUGCUCUCCCUCUCUGCCUGCUCGGGAGGAGGAGGAAUGGGCUCCUCUGAGCUCUCCUCGGCUGCCUCUUCCAGCUGCAGACCCCAUAUAGGCAGUCCUAUCCCUCAUAUUGGAUCCGUCAACAUGCGGAGGAGCAGAUCCCCCAGCAUGAACGGCCAGCAACUCCUCAUCGACAAUUUCGUGAAUUCAGAUAGUGCCGGCGAUGAAUCACAGUUGUCGGCCAUCGAAGUCCGCGCCUGGGACAAAGACCCCUGUCCCUAUCCGAACAAGAAACACGACCACUUGGGCCGUAAACACCGUUCGUCAAGCUUCAACUCAAAUGCCAAUGAAAACAACUGCGAUAUCAAAGUUCCGCCUCCCGGGUACAGUGAGAUAACAGUGGUAGAUGACAUAACAGUCAUGCACAAGUUGGAAAGACAAUCCAUAUCUAAAGCAUCUUCUUGUGCCUUCACGUCGUCAACUCCUGUGAGCGGAUCUCCGAACCCCUCGCGACGAGGAUCUUUUACUUUGGAACCGAUUAACAGUCCUGUACCUAGUAGGCGCAGCAGUACACACAGCAAAUCAAGUAACAGACACAAUGAACGGGACAGAAGAGGUUCAAUGAUCAACCUGUUGCCGCCCUUGGAUAACAGUUUGCGCCAAAUAUCCGACAGUAAACGUGACAGUCAGAUUAGAAGCUUAGAAGCAUCACCGACAACUCAGCGAAGAAAGAUGCUCUUUUCAUCUAAUAGCAUCACUGACAAUAACGGAAAACUUUAUGUACCUAGUUUUGGACGAUGAUUUGUAUCAAUUUGAAUAUACUCAGCCAAUAAUGAUUUAGUUACGCUUCAUUAAAUGGACUAGCUUUUUUCAGUGACUAAAAAUGCUUGCAGGAA